GCUGUCCUUAAUCUUGUACUUCCAAGACUUCAGCAAUUGCAAAUCGACCAUAGUCAAUGCACAAUUGACCAUAAAUAAUAUUGAAUUAAAUUGCAGAGACAUAUCAGUUUUGAAUCAAUUAAUCAAUGGAGUGAAUAGCCUUUUAUGGGAAAUAAUAUUAAUAAUUGAGUGCGUUGGAUUGAAGUAACAUUUCCGACGUUUAAAGGAAUGCCGGCCAUUGCACAGGAAGCUUAGGGCCACACAACUACAAGUCCACGUGUUUAUAGAUUUUAACAGUAGGCGAGGAAGGAGGGAGGAGUGGUGAGAUCUGUAACGCCAGAUCUCGCAACUGCUGCAACUUCAACUGCCCAAAUCAAAUAAAAUCGAUUUCGAGCAUCUCAGAUUAGCCAGAACCAGCUAUGGCCGAAACCCAAACAUGGACAAGGCGGGGCAGCAAUCCUAAGCUUCUUGAACAAGAAGCGAUUGACAUACCUCCUACUCCAACGGGAGAUGGGAAGUAUGGUGCAUUUCCAGUCUCUCAGACUCUUACGACCGUGCUCAUUAUUGCAGCUUGGUAUUUUUCCAAUAUUGGUGUGCUAUUGCUUAACAAGUACCUUCUUAGUUUCUUUGGGUACAAGUAUCCAAUAUUUCUCACAAUGCUACACAUGUGUGCCUGUGCUAUGUAUAGCUUCAUUGCAAUUUCUUGGUUAGAAAUAGUUCCAAUGCAGUUCAUUGUUUCAAGGAAACAGUUCUUGAAGAUCUUAGCUCUGAGCUUCAUUUUCUCCUUCUCAGUUGUUUGUGGAAAUACAUCUCUGCGAUAUUUGCCAGUUUCCUUUAAUCAAGCCAUAGGAGCCACAACUCCAUUCUUCACAGCAAUAUUUGCAUUUGUAAUAACCUGUAAGAGAGAAUCCUCUGUUGUUUAUAUGGCUUUGGUACCUGUGGUGUUUGGCAUUGUUAUUGCAAGCAACAGUGAGCCACUAUUCCACCUUUUUGGCUUUCUAGUUUGCUUGGGAUCAACUGCUGCAAGAGCACUGAAAUCAGUUGUUCAAGGGCUUUUGCUAACAUCUGAGGCAGAGAAACUACACUCUAUGAAUUUGCUCAUGUACAUGGCUCCAAUAGCUGCAUUGUUGCUGCUUCCUGUCACCCUCUUUGUGGAAGGUAAUGUGGCAGCUGUGACUAUUGUGAAAGCAAGAGAAAAUCCUUUCAUCAUAUUCCUGCUUCUAGGAAACAUGACGAUGGCUUAUCUUGUGAAUCUAACAAACUUUUUAGUCACAAAGCAUACCAGUCCUCUUACGUUACAAGUGUUGGGAAAUGCCAAGGCAGCUGUUGCAGCAGUUAUUUCAGUUCUUAUCUUCAAGAACCCAGUAACUGUCAUGGGGAUGACAGGUUUUGUAAUCACAAUCAUGGGUGUGGUUUUGUACAGUGAAGCAAAGAAGAGAUUCAAGGCACCACAUUAAUGCUUGUGACCAUUUUAUUCUUCCCUAAUUUUUUCCUUAUUCUCUCCAUAUGAGUUCUUAUAUUGAGUUGUUAAACAAUAGCUCCGGUGAAUCUUGUGCAUUACAAACACUCUCUCAAGAUGAGCAGGUCCAAUCCCUUAUGUCUGAUGCAAGCUUACCUUGAACUCUACAUGUUGUACAUUUAAAUAGUUUUGGUAAGGUUCAGAACAGAGACUAAAACCAAAUGCUAAAAGGCUGGUAAAAUCAUAGUUCAAAUCAAUUCAGGUACCAAGCUACUUUAA